AUGAUGCUCCGUCAUCUCCCGCGUACCCUCCGCCUGAGGACCACGAAUCCAACAUCCCUCUUCCUCCUCCGUUCUUCCUCUACAUCUACCACUACUACCACCACUCCUCCCACUUCGACGCCAUUCCCUCCAACCGAACGGACCUCCGUAGACCCCGAUACUACAGCUGCCAAUGCUACGGUCGAUGUACUGGAACUACAGGCGAGUCAAGCGCCGAAUAGAAUGUUGACUUGGGCGAAGAGUCAGAUGCCUAGAGCGGAGGCUAUGGUCGGACCGAGGUUUGAGCAGACGGAUUUGGCGGUGCAGCCGCGACCAAUGGCUGCGAUAGAGUUGAUUCAUGAGGAACCUGUGCGGUUUGUACAUGAGCAUGUGGUUGUUUGCGAUGGUGGUGGUGGGCCAUUGGGUCAUCCGAAGAUUUAUAUCAACGUUGAUAAGCCGGAGGUUGUACCUUGUGGAUACUGUGGAUUGCCGUUUGCGCAUAUACAUAACAAGGCGGAGAUUGUGGCGAAUGGACAGGGACCUCAUGGGGAGUAUGUUAUUUUGGAUUAG